ACAUUUAACCAUGGGGGGCGUGAGACAGGCAGCUCCUCUUGGUUUGGAUCUGCAGAGCUUUGACCCGGCUGAAGCAGAGAACAGCCGCCUGGUCUUCCUGUGUCGUCGCUCGCAGGAAUCGCGCGAUGUCAAACCCGUGCAGCUCCUCAUCAAAUCGCUCAACGAGCUGAUUGCUGAACGCCGUCAUCGGGUGCCGUGCGAGGCGGUCAGAGUUAUGCACGAAUCCUACGAAAAGGAGAGGAGCAAGAGUUUAAAGACGGGCAAAGAGGAGGAAGAGCGGAUAAUCCAGAUUGCUGCACAGAGGCCAGGCAGGAAAACCGGGUCACGGCUGGAAAUGCUGCCUGAGCUAAAGAAGAACCCCAAACUGUCACAAAGUGACGCCCGUGACCCCGUCCCAUAUGCAAAUCUGUGCUCUAAAGGUAAAUGUGGGAGCAGGUCAUCCUGCUGUGCUGCAGGUGGCAGAGAUCCAGAGAGGAGGAGCUCAGUGUGCAGCUUUGGUCCAAGAUUCCUCAAGCAGUCAGCAGAUGUGGAGGCCAAAGUGAGGAGGAUCACUGAGAGCAUCAGAAAAGAAAUGAGUGUCACAGUCUCGGAGACGGACCAAAAGAUCGCAGCUCUCAUGCUGCUGAAGCACCAGGAGGAGCAGGAGCGUCUGAAGCUCUGCCAUCAGAAAGAAGAGGAGCGACAGGAGGCCUGGAAGCAGGAGCAGGCCCAGCGGGCUCAGGCAGAGAAAACCAGGAGGAAGAAGCUGCUGCAGAGCUUGCAGCGCUGGCAUGAGGAGGUGGAGGCUCGUAAGAUGCUGAGGAAGCAUCUGGAGAAGGAGCUGGCAACUUUGCGAGCGCAGGAGGUGCUGCUCCAAGAAGGUCGCUGGAGGCGGCUGAGGGAGGAGAUGGAGGCGCAGCGCACAGAAACCAUAAAAGCUGCACACGCUGAGGCGAAGGCACACAAACGCAAGCAGGAGAAGCUCCUGAGAGACAAAGUGGAGGUGGAGAAAAGGAUACGAGAGAAGGAGAGGCAGAUGGCACUGGAGAGGGAGGGGAAAGCUGUGAGGAGCAAAGUGCUGCUGGAGGAGGAGGUGAAAAAGAAGCUGCAGCUGAAAAACCACAAGGAGCUGCUACAUCACAGCCUCCUCAAACGGCACCUAGAGGAGCAGAUGGAAGCAGAGCAGGCCCGUGUGCGGAGCACACUUGAGAACAAGAUGAGGCGUUCCUGCGAGAAACGUGCCGAGGCAGUGGAAGCCCGGCUGAGGGAGCUGCAGGAGCGAGCGUCCCGGGAGGAGGCACGGAUUGAGAAAGCGCAGAAGAUGGCUGAGCUGCAAAGUCACCAGCGGCUCACACACAAGCAGCUCCUGGUCCAGCUGAGCCAGAGUCGCUCGGAGAGAGCCUGCAAGCACGCCACGGCCCAAUGGAGGAGCAGAGCUGAGAAAACACACCAGAGCAAUAAUAACAGGAGGCUGUGCCACCAGAGGAUGAGGGAGAGCAUCCAGAGGGAAGAGGAGGCUGCAGCGGAGACCAGAGAGGGCCAAGUUGCCCUAAAGAAGUGGAGGAUGAAGAGGCUCCAGAGACAGAAAGAGCAGAUACAAGAGGAGGCGCACAGGCAGGCACGGGCCUCCUUCCACAUGAGGGACAAAGUGAGACAGCAGACACGGUGUCGAACCUUUGAACAAAUGGCUCUGGAGGCAUCAGUGAGCCAAAUCAAACUGUGAAAACAAUAUGUAAUUGACCUCCAAACCUCCACAGUGGCUUUCUCCUGUCUCCUCCUCCACACUUUCAUCAUGUAAACAGGAUUUCUUUAUCUUCAGCAAACAGUUGAGGAGGGCAGAGGUUAUGUGAUCACCAUGAAUACAACUGAAAACAAGCAGCCAGACCUUUUGACAUUAUAUUUAAGUUACACAACUUCAG